AGAGACGCAACUAUACAGAGCUAAUGUCAUUCACAAGAAAACAGUCAAACAUUGAGAAGAAAAAAAACGAACUAACAAACAUAUUUCGUUUCAAGUGCCAAACAAUUGUGUGAAUAAUUAUGUCGGAUUCCGAAGGUGAUAAUAGCAGCAGAAAAACCAUCGGGACCAACACAGAUGAUGGAUUUGUAUCACAUUUAGGCCAUGAAACCCCACCUGGACGCGGUGUAAAGCGAACAGCAACUGGCAAACCAAAACCAGACACACCAAUUACAUAUGCCACAAAGGAUUUAAAUGCAAAAGUCUGCGAUUUUACUAGAGAAUCGAAUACUUCAAUGCUACUUUGUAAAGACAAAACAAACACGCAGACAAUUUCUACGUUGAAGCGUUGUUUGCAAGCUGCUGAUUAUGCUAUCAAGACAUUGGAAAAAUCACGUGAAAUUGUCGCUUUGAAUAUGGAUAGUAUAAAUCAGUCAGACGAAUCGGAAAGUUCUAGCCCAGUCAGAUUCGCUCCAAAUACAACACUCUUUUCGCCAAAAACGAAAGCAACUGAAAGCGCCAAAUCGAUACAAGCUCUUUGCCUAAGCGUUGGAUGCUUCAGCGGUAUGGCAGCAGGUGAUGCGAUCUUGGCAAAUCCAAAAAAACAAGAGAGGUUGGAACGAUGGCAAAAAAGUAUCAAAAUAUUUUCCGAUUUGAUAACUUCUCAACGUGGACAGAUUGUGCAGAAGAUAAAAAAAAUCGACCCAGAGCAACGCAUUGAAGAAGUUUUCAGAAUGGCCAAAAUGACUGAUUGGGAAAUAGAUCUCGUUCAUCUCUCACGGAUAAAUUCAUAUCAUGAAAAGUUUGAAAAAUAUCUCGAGGAAUUCAAAAGCCGAGAAAAUCCGGAACAAUGAAAAAUGGAAACGACAUCAAAUGAGAUGGAAAAAAACACACACAGACGCCGAAGAUCACCCUUUGUAACCCCAAAUUGUGUAAAUUAUUAACAGUCUUUCGAUGGAGUUUGUUUUGCACGUGGCGCUCGUUGAACCUUCUUAUAUAUAUUUAAAUACCUUUAUCUGCUUCUGGUUUCUAAUCCUAUAAGCGGAAACAUUAUCUGUUAUAAAAUUGUGUGACUUGGAAUAUAACGAAGUAAGUAAAUAAAUGCAGUGUAAAAAAAAAUAGUA